UCCUCUCACCCCUGCUGAGAGUCUGAGAGUCAAGCUGUGGGCUGUGAGGAAAUGGACUCUUGGCUCAGUGCUCAGUACUCGGGCUUUUGUGCAGUGCAGACAGCUCACGCUGACCCCCUGGUCCUUGUUUUCUGGUUGCAGCCCCGUGAACCCAGGCGAUUGCUGACCCCGGACCCAUCUGCUCGCUAGGGAGGACCGCCUCCCUUCCUGUGCAGCAAGAUGCCAAUCCUCAAGCAGCUGGUGUCGAGCUCCGUGCACUCCAAGCGCCGCUCCCGCGUGGACCUCACCGCCGAGAUGAUCAGCGCCCCGCUGGGCGACUUCCGCCACACCAUGCACGUGGGCCGCGCCGGGGACGCCUUCGGUGAUACCUCCUUCCUCAACAGCAAGACGGGUGAGCCGGACGGGGAAUCUCUGGACGAACAGGCCUCCUCGACGUCCUCCAAGCGCAGCCUCCUGUCGCGGAAGUUCCGUGGCAGCAAGCGGUCCCAGUCGGUGACCCGGGGGGACCGGGAGCAGAGGGACAUGCUGGGCUCCCUGCGGGACUCGGCCCUCUUCGUCAAGAACGCCAUGUCCCUUCCCCAGCUCAAUGAGAAGGAGGCAGCCGAGAAGGGCUCCGGCAAACUGCCCAAGAGCCUUUCAUCCAGCCCUGUGAAAAAGGCGCUCGCUGGGGAGGGCUGUGCGGAGGGGGAAGCGGAGGUAGACACCGGGGAAGGGGGUCUCCGGCGGAACGGGGCCACUGGCCCGACCUCCCCUGACCCCCUGCUGGACGAGCAGGCCUUCGGGGACCUCACCGAUCUGCCUGUGGUGCCCAAAGCCAGCUACGGGCUGAAACAUGCCGAGUCCAUCAUGUCGUUCCACAUCGACCUGGGGCCCUCCAUGCUGGGCGACGUCCUGAGCAUCAUGGACAAAGAGGAGUGGGACCCAGAAGAGGAAGAGGAUGGCGGUUACCGUGACGAUGAUGAGGGCCCCGGCAGUGUCAGCCGGGCCCUGGCCUCCGCCACAGCAGCCCCUGCCUUGGUGAGGCAGGAAGGAGGCAAAGCUGGCCCGGACGUGCCCUCCCACACUCUGCAGGAUGAGGGCUGGGCAGUGGCAGCGGCGGCUCCCAGCCCUGGCUCGGCCCGCAGCGUGGGCAGCCACACCACGAGGGACAGCAGCUCCCUCUCCAGCUGCACCUCCGGCGUCCUGGAGGAGCGAAGCCCUGCCUUCCGGGGCCCCGAUCGAGCCCGGGUCACUCUGCCCAGGCAGCCGGACAAGGAGUUCUCCUUCAUGGACGACGAGGAGGAAGAGGAUGAGAUCCGUGUGUGAGGCAGGGCUGGGGAGGGCGACAGGUGGCUGUUGUGCCCCUCAGCUGUGUCUUCUCCCUGGCCGCGUCCCCUGCCACCUCUGACCUUACGUGCAUGGACAGCCGAGAACCUGGCUUUGGACCACAGGCCCUGGACCUCGUGGAGGAGGGAGCAGCAGCAGCGGCCGAAAGGGUUUGGGAAGACUUGAGCUCGAGUGGGUGCCGUCUGCCAGCCCGACUUCCUUCUGCCCUGCCUUCCCCUAGCUGCCCUGGCCCCGGGGGGCUGUGUUCUUGCAGCUGGAUUCAAUUUUCCUUCCUGGGGCUUCUUCCCCACCACUGGGCCCCAAAUGGCUGCCAGAUGUCUGCCCGAGUUCCUGCCACAUGCAGCCGUUGCUGAUCAGCCUUGUUCUCUGGGCUUCUCCGCCGUGAUCGGUGGUGGCUGGGGGAGAAUGUGGCCCUCGACUCACUUCCAUUCCUGGCUCCUGUCCUGGACGUGGGGGCCCCCUUACAAUUCUGCUCCCCCUCAGAGGACGGCCGGCCAUGAACACUACACAAAGCUCCUUGCAGAGGGAAGAGACCCUGAUGGGAGCAGAAGGAGGCCCCACUCUCCGUUCCGGGCUGCGUGAAUCUUCUAGAAGGGGGCCUUCAGAGGUGACACUGUGGACAGGGAGCGGGCAGUGCCCUGUGGAUUGGUUGGUUCUUUAUGAUUCUACAGCAAUAGCAUGGGAAGCGGAACCUGUCCUGCCGCUGCUGGAAGGAACAGCCGAAUCCAUUUAGCAAGGCUUUAUUCAAGGUCUCCUGACAGUUCCCAGUGAAUACGAGUGGACUUACUGUGCCAGAGAAGCCAGCUCACCUGUGUCGCAGUGCUUCCAAAACUUAGAGCCGCAUAGGGCAGGGGGCCCUGCCCCAGUAGCUAUUAACACCUGGAAGAGGCCAGUGUAGGAAGUUUCUGGAAACUGAUUUUUUUUUUUUUUUAAUAAUGCACCCUGGGUUGGGGGGAGGGUGCUGGGGGUGUGUUUUGGCUGUGCUGUUUCCUUGCCCAUCCAUACACAUGCGUGCGCGCGCGCACACACACACACACACACACACACACACACACUACUUCCCCUUCCGUUCUCAGUUCUUCCCCGCUCCAACUUCAGAGGCCAAGGCCCUCAGGGAGGCCCUGCCAGAUUUAGCAAAAGCAAAACAACAAAGAAUGUGGAGUUAAAAUCUGAGCUUCAGGUAAACACACAAUUCCAUUUUUGUAAUACCUGGAAGUUGUCCCUUGUUCUAAAAUUCAGGUUGCACACGCAAGAGCGAGAGAGAGAAAGCAUUGAAGAGAAACUCGAGUGGGCCCCCUCGGAAGGGCGCAGUGAUAGCUGGUAUUUUUCUUUCCUGGGAACAGACUGACCCAAUUUCUCCCACUCUCCCUGCUUGGGUCUUCAUGUAGCCAGCGGAAGGGGGAGAGGCAAGAGACGGAAGUAAUUACGGCAAGGGGGUCCUGGGCUGAUGGGGGUGGGAAUGCAGGCUGCAGCCUGGGGUCCCCCAUUGCUUACCAGGCCACGCUGCUGAGACACUAACUCCAUUGGUGCCCUGUGCCUGCAGGUGCACUCUGCCAUAGUUUAGCUCCCACAGUGGGGUGGGGGGAAGGGAAGAACCCAGGGGUCUCCUUAGCUUCUCCCUCCUUACCACCAGCUGCCUUUGAAAUCCC